AUGUCCAGUGGAGAUAAGUCAAAGACUUCAUCCCAGACAGAUGGGAAAGCUGCUCAGGGCAAGAAGUCAGAGAUGGGAAUGAUGAACUACAAGGUAGGCGACUCUUAGAUGGUCUCUGGUUUUAAGUAUCCAUGUUGAGAAACACUCAUAUCACAGACUUUUGCUGCUAUCUCUGAAACUCAUCUGUGUGCCUUUGUGCCUCCAGUUGCUUGUGUUUGACCAGGAGAACUUCCAGGGUCGCAUGAUUGAAAUCAGCAAUGAGUGUAUGAAUGUCUGUGAGCUCGGCAUGGACCGUGUGCGCUCUCUGCGCGUUGAGAGUGGACCGUAAGUUUAAAGGAUUUAUUGGAGCAUUUUUGUGUUCAAAUGGUUGUCUCUGCGCAUUGUUUGAAACGCUGUUUCUUCUGCAGCUUUGUGGGCUUUGAGCAGAUGAACUUCUGUGGUGAGAUGUACAUCCUGGAGAAGGGAGAGUAUCCUCGCUGGGAUUCUUGGAGCAACAGUCAGAAAAAUGACUACCUGCUAUCUUUCAGGCCAGUGAGAAUGGUAAAAACACACCUGGCCUUUGAAUCUCAAAUGUUUCUCUUUUUUGCUAUUGAAACCUCCUUCAUUCAGGAUAAUGUUUUCUCUCUCUAAGGACCCUGAGAAACACAAGAUCUGCCUGUAUGAGGUUGGAGAGUUCAAGGGCCGUAAGAUGGAGAUCAUGGACGAUGACGUCCCCAGUCUAUUUUCUUACGGCUUCACCGACAGAGUGGGCAGCAUCAUUGUUAGCUGUGGAACGUGAGUGUAGCUUUUAUCUCCACUAUCACACUGAGAAUCACUGAUAUGGACUCAGGGUUACAAAACCAAUCCUGCACCACAAUAUCUCCUCUUCUCUCUCCAGUUUUGUUGGAUACCAGUUCCCUGGUUACCGUGGCAGCCAGUACCUGCUUGAGAAGGGUGACUUCAGGCACUUCAACGAGUACGGCGGCCGCACUCCUCAGCUCCAGUCCGUGAGGCGUAUCCGUGACAUGCAGUGGCACCAACAGGGCUGCUACACUAUGGCCAGCAAGUGAGGCUCAGGAAAGGAGAGAAAGAGAAAGAGUGGAAGUGAGGGAGAGGGGCGGAGGAAGAGGGAGAGGGGGAAAGAUGUCUGAGGCUUUAUCUCAGCACUUGGAAGGUCUAUGAUCUAUGGCAGUGAGGGGCAGGGUGAGGAUCUAGAUCUGCCCCCUGAUCGGAGACAACAUGAAAGUGGAAGGACCAGCUGAACCACCCUCCAUCCCUCUCUGUCUCUGUUUUCUCUUUCUCCCCUAUGGGCUGAGUUUUGCUGUCAACCCUUUUCUCCUUUUUUUUUUGUCCCUCAUUUCAUUCCCCUCACAGUACUCUGAAAUUUCAGAGUGGGACCAUGACACCUCUGGUUGUUUUACACACUCAGUUCUCUGCCCAGGGUUCGAGGCACUAAGGGAAACUAAAUCCCUAGAGCCCCCUUACCCCUUGACUCCUCUGCUGUACAGAAUCCUGGCCCAAAUUUUCAAUAAAAAGACAAAAAUCUUAAUUAAAAGA